GAGAGCGUAAUGAUAUAUAAGAAACAACAACAAUAAAAAGUGUGCAGUGCAGCGAAGUCGCGAAUCGAACCGAGUGCACGCGUGUCUCGAGUUGCAUUGUUUUGUAUUAUUUUAUUCGAAAAAAAAAAAACGGAGCGGAGCGUUGCACGGCUAUUCCUCCUCGAGAAGCAGCAGCAGCAGCAGCGGGUGCAGUGCACUGACGGACGCCGAAGCAGCAGCUGCAUCAUAUCUCUGUCUCUACACGGCGAGGAUGCGUUUCACGGUGAUUUGACGAGUUUGUUUACGAGGGUUCGGAUAUGAGCGCAGCAGAAACGAAUGAUCGAAUACGCAGUGGUGAAUCAGUGAAGCACUUGCAGGUGAACUGUCGUGAUGAUUAUAAUCCAGUCAAGUAGUCUAGUAAAUUCGGUGGCAGUGUGAUGGGUUGGGUGAUUACGACAGCAUUAUGGAUUGCUACCUGGAGCAGCUUGCUGAAGGGCCUGCAUUUGGUACCUCAAUCGUCCAAGCUAGUGCCAUGCGACAAAACAAGAAAAAUCUUUACGGAGCCUUGGGGAGUUAUCAGCGAUGGACCCAAAGGCUUAAAUUACACACAGGAUUCACAUUGCGAAUGGCUCAUCAAAGCCAAAAACACUCAUCAGUUUAUAACAUUAACUUUUCGAACAAUGGGUACAGAAUGUAGUUAUGAUUAUAUAUUUGUUUAUGAUGGAGAUUCUUUUAAAUCUCCUUUAUUAGGUAGUUUUAGUGGUAAAACAGAACCGCAACAAGUUAUAGCCUCUUCAGGAUAUAUGUUAAUUUUAUUGUACAGUGAUACAAAUUAUGUUUUGGAUGGAUUUAAUGCAGAAUUUUCUGUUUCGGAUUGUCCAAACAAUUGUACAAAUCGGGGUAAAUGUAUAAAAAAUGUUUGCUUUUGCGAAAAUUAUUGGGGAGGUAGAGAUUGUUCUCGACCACUUUGCCCUAAUAAUUGUGGAAUUGGUGGUGUUUGUGGAUCAAAGCAUUGCGAAUGUCAUAAUGGUUAUUCUGGACAGGCAUGUUCGCUACAAAAAUAUACCCCAGAAGGAAAUAGAUGGCAUUGGCUAGCUCAUUCUGAAAGUGGUAUGACUCCUAGAGCUGCUCACACAGCUGUCUAUAUUAGUGAAGUAGAUUCUUUAUAUGUUUUUGGAGGGUACAAUCUCAAUUAUGUAUUGAGUGAUUUAGAAAUUUAUCGUUUUUCCAAAAGUCAUUGGGAAGAUGAAGAUGGUCAUGUGUUAGAGGGUACAACUUUUGAUGAAUAUUUAGAUCCAUUGUUAAUUGCCAGAGAAUUAGAACAAAUGGGUACUGGAGCCCACAAAGAAUAUGGGCUCCCUCCUACAUCAAUAUUUUGGAAACUUCUAUUAAGUUUAAACAAUACUUCUUCUUUGAAAGAUAAAAGUAUAAAUGGUGAAUCCGAAUCAGGAUGGAAAGACUUGAAUCAUAAUUCAGAAAGUGAAACUGAAAAGAAACCGCAAUUAUCAAAAGCCAAUAUUGAUGUUCAUGAUGUUUUCGAAAGAAAAAAGCAUACAAGAAAAAUUCGACCAAUGCAUAGUAGGCAUAAAAGGGAUUCGGAAAAAGAUGAACGUUUCGAACAAUCAGAAUCAAUUUCCAGCAUUAAUAAUAAUGAAAAAUGGGACGGAGAAAGUCCUCCAGAUGAAAACACAUUUCUUCAAGAUAACUUGGACUUGGAAUACAGUACUCGCUUGCCAAUAAAAGAUGAAUCGACAGAGCCAAACCUCGAGGAGCUUCCAAAACCAGCCGCGCGCUACGGGCAUGCGGCUUGUAAAUACAAAGGUGGUUUUGUCAUAUACGGCGGAAAAUUACAGGAGGGAAUUCUCUCGAACGAGCUGUGGUAUUACAACGUAAAUAAAUCUAUGUGGACGUUGCGCGCUAAAAAUUCACCUUUUUAUCCGCCAAGAUUGACUAGGCACACGCUUACAUUAGCCGAAGAUUAUAUUUAUUUAUUCGGUGGUAGUACAGAAGACGGCGUGUUCUCUUCGAAUCUUUACAAAAUCAAAUUGAACCUAUCUGACGCAACGGCAAGUACAGAAAAAUGGCAGGAAGUUCGACCUCGCGGUGGAAAACAAUUAGACGUGAGGCUCGUGGCUCAUUCAACUGUCUAUCACAAAGCGACGAACUCGCUGCUUAUUUACGGCGGGGUCAUCGCGAGCGUUGCUCGCUUCAGCAAACUCUCCGACCGCAUGUUCGCCUUUCAGUUGGAUCAUCGGGUCUGGUCGGAAAUCCAUUAUCCGCGGGGGCACUCGCGCGACACUUACGUUCCGCGAGAGCGAGCAUUUCAUACUUGUAACAUAAUUGGCAAUUAUCUCGUCGUAUUUGGAGGAUAUUCUCACAGACACAAUAAAGAAGAGAUAUGCUACGAUAAUCAAAUGUAUCUGUAUCAUCUAGGCUGUCACGCUUGGGUGAGUCAAGACGUGCUGAAUGCCAGCGAUCGAGAUUCGCAAUAUCCAAAACAGCAGGGAGUCUUUGGUCACGCAGCAGAUGUCAGGGACGGUAAUACCUUAUUGAUCGUCGGCGGAUAUCACGGAAACGUCAAUGCCGAUUUACUAGCUUACACGCUGCCGCCUACGCUGGCACCGGCCGACAGCGAUCCCCUCGAGCCGGAGCAAUAUUGUUCUCGACACAAGAGCUUGUUCGAGUGCGCCGCCAAUCCGGAAUGCGGCUGGUGCUCGACCGACGAGAGCUGCUACGGUCGCACCGUCGUGAGCAACUGCACCACGAACUUGCAGACCAGCCGAUGUCCCGGAGUCUGUCCCGCUCUCGGCGACUGCCACUCGUGUCUGAUUCACGGCCAACCGGGCGGCGGCUGGGGCACCAAUUCGCGCGGCCGCUCGUCCGUAUCCAACAAAUUCAGCCUCGGCACCUGCACCUGGUGCGUGCAGAACGCCCGAUGCCACCAUCAGGACGACAAUUACGGCGUGUGCGGCUUGCGCGACGACACGCCCUCGCAGAUACCCGGCUGGUGGGGCACCAAAGGCACGGAGGUCACGCGGGUCAACGAGUGUCGCGAGAUGGAUCGCAGACCCGGACUGACUUUUCUCAAGUACAAGCCGCCCGUGAAUUUCAGCCAACCGGACUCGGUCGCGAUCGUCAACGCGACCACGGUGGACUUUAAUGUGCCCUCGAUGCAGGGCCCGAAAACCGAGACGUCGUUGGGAGGAGAGAUGAUCGCGAGACUGAUUGGUUUUCUCAGACUGCCGCAUAAUAUUUGGGGUAUCAGGGAGGAAUUGAAGAUCUGCGUGAGUUACAACAGCGCGACGUUGAAAAUUUCGAGAAAUAACGACACCAGUGAUUUGAUUUUGGUUGCAAAUUCGUCAGCUGAAGCCCCAAAAUGUAUUCCUGUAAGAAUGCCAACAACAGAAGACUCCGACGAUGCGGAAGUAACUUCGUUUUCUGGUGGCCGUUACCUCUUGGAUUUCGAAUCCAAACGAAUGAUCACAACUACGAGCUACUCGCAUCCGAGAAAAAUGGAAAUCAUCCACAAUCGACCCGGCGAGAACGCCAAAGUUUUCACCUUCGAAUAUCUCGAGCCCUAUCAGAACGGCUCCUGCGAGCAGUACAAGAAUUGCUUGCACUGCCUCACCGAUUCGGCCUGCGGCUGGUGCGAGGUCAACAAUCGGUGCAUGUCGCGCACGGUCAACGAGACCGCGAGCUGCGUGUUCGAGGUCGAGUCCGACGAGAGCGGCAAAACCACCCUGGAGUGGCACUACCUCACGAUCACGCCGUUCACCUGCGCCAAUUGCUCGAACUUCAUAUCGUGCGAGUCCUGCGUGCAGACCGGCAUCUGCGAGUGGUGGACGGACGAGGCCAGAUGCGCUCGCAUAGGUCGCCUGCAGACGGCCGUGGUGAGCCUGCAGGAGUGCCCGAUACCCUGUCGUCAGCGCAGCAACUGCACCCAGUGCCUGGACGAGCGCGGCCGCUGCGUCUGGUGCGAGGCGACCCAGGAGUGCUUCUCCUUUUCCGUCUACACGUCCGAGUAUCAGUUCGGCCAGUGUCGCGAGUGGACCGACCAAGCCGGCCUCGUCGGGGUCACGUCUCGCAACGGCGUCACCACCACCAUCGGCGGCAGCGCCGAUCAGUGCAAGAGCUGCAGCCGCCACAUCAACUGCUCGAACUGCAUCCAGUCGCUGAGCUGCGGCUGGUGCUACAGCCUCGAGAAUCCGAUCACGGGCACCUGCGUGCAGGGCGACUUCAAUCACGCGCGCAACUGCAGCCAGGCCAUCAACGACCACUGGAACAAGAGCAUCGCGGGCGACAAGGCCGGCUGGGCCUACGCCCAGUGCCCGGACGUGGACGAGUGCGUGCUCGAGCUGCACGACUGCCACGCGAACGCCGAGUGCACCAACACCCACGGCAGCUUCAGCUGCCAGUGCAAGCGCGGCUUCAACGGCGACGGCAAGGAGAACUGCGUCAAGACCUGCUACGAGAAGUGCGUGCACGGCUUCUGCAGCGAGGCGCCCGACUACAGGUGCGAGUGCGAUCUCGGCUGGACGGGGCCGGACUGCAGCGUCAAUUGCGGCUGUCACAAUCACUCGACCUGCGCGCGGGGCCCGGGCCACUGCGACGAGUGCCAGAACUGGACCGAGGGCGAGUUCUGCCACGAGUGCAAGGCCGGCAGCUACGGCAACGCCACGAGCAGCCUCGGCUGCCGCAAGUGCGACUGCAACGAGCACGACGACGUCGAGCUCGGCACCUGCGACCGGCGCACCGGCGUCUGCUUCUGUCGCGACAACACCGAGGGUGACCGCUGCGAGCUCUGCCAGAAGGGCUACUACGGCGAUCCGCGGCUGGGCGGCAUGUGCUACUACGGCUGCAGGUCGCGCAGCAUGCUGGAGGGCGAGGGCAACGGCCGCCGCCAGGGACUCGGCAGUCGGCACUCGCGCUUCAACAUCUGGGAGAACAAUCUGGCCAGCGCGCCGACUCGCGAGUGUCUCUGGAUCGUCACGCCCAAGACGGAUCUGUCGAGCAAGUCGAUGACGCCGAGCGCGCCGCAGAGCGUCAUACAGUUCACCAUCCACGACGAUAUCAACGUCAGCUGCCAGGAAAACAGCGUCUACGUGUACGACGGUUUGCCGGGCUUCGUGUCGAGCAGCAACGGCCAUCAGAGCCAGCUGAUCGGCGUCUACUGCACCGAGAGCACCGACUAUCCGGUGACGGUCGAGGCCAAGUCCGGCUUUCUCACCGUGCAUUACAAGCAGCUCUACGAGCACGAGGGUUUUAACGCCAGCUAUCUCGUACUGACCUGCGACAAUUGCCCGGCGAAUCGCGAGUGUCGAGCCGGUAAUUGCUUAUGCAGAUCCGGCUUCGUCGGUAUCGAUUGCGACAUCGAGCUGUGCCCGAAAAACUGCUCGUCCGCGAAGAAGCAAGGCGAAUGCGACAAAGAGUACGGACACUGCGUCUGCACUGCAGGUUUCGGAGGCCGAGAUUGUUCUAUACCUAUCAAAGAACACCAGCUUGUUUUUACGGAACUCUUCAACAGCGAGUAUCUUACCGAUAAGAUGGAUCACUUGCGCAAAACUCUGCCGCGUUUCGGGCACAGUCUGGUAGCGGAUCGGCGCGGCUCGCUCUGGAUGUUCGGUGGCUACUCGCUGAGUCGCGGACCUCUCAACGACAUUCGACUGUUCGACACGAAAAACAGCACGUGGAUGCCGGUGACGGUCGAAUCGACGUCCGAGUUCUCCAUGCCCCAGGGCCGAUACUUCCACGCCGCCGAGAUCGUUCACAGUCGCCAGCAGAUCUACGUCUACGGCGGCUUGUCCAUGAAAGAGGAGGGCGUGCAGGGUCUGACAAACAACACUCUCGGCGACUUCUGGAAGUUCGGCCUGCAGAAUCAGCGUUGGACGCUGAUAGUCGACGAGUCGUCCGACAAGCGGGAGCCACCCGCGCUGGCCGGUCACACGCUCACGCUGUACCGAGACGGCAGCGAGUCCGAGAGCUUGGUGCUCAUCGGUGGCUUCAGUCCGAAGUACGGCUAUCUGGACACGGUGUGGCAGUUCAAUCUCGAGAAGGAGCGCUGGAACACGGUGCCGACCACGGGCAACGGCCCUCUGGGCGUUUACGGACACUCGACCGUGUUCCACGCCAAGUCCAACAGCUUCUACGUUUUCGGUGGCUACACCUACGCCAUCAACCGAACUUUCAUAUCCAACAAACUUUACGCUCUGAACUUCGAUACCAAAACGUGGUCGGUGCUGCCACCGUUUGACGACGAUGGCUUUGAUAGUACGGCACUCCCUCAAGCGCGUUUCCUCCAUUCCGCCGUAACCACGGACGAGUACAUGGUGAUUUUCGGCGGUCGUCAGAAUCCUCACAACACCACGGACUCGCUCAUCGCUUACAAGUACUCGUGCAAUCUGUGGAUACGCCUGAUCACCAAGGACAUGGAAAUCAUCGGCAGUCCACCGCCGCCGGCUUACGCGCACGCCAUGACCCACGCCGAACCCGAGAGCAACGCCGUCUACGUCGUGGGUGGCUUCGACGGCGGCAUCAAGAGUCACGUCACGCUCAUUCACAUACCCGAGGAUCUGUGCAAUCUCUGGACGGACAAGAUCACGUGUCGAAAGUACUACGGUUGCUCGUUCUGUUCUGUCACCACGAUAUCCGGUGAAAACCUAGCUUACUGCUUCUCGAACGAAGAGUCGCUGCGUCGCGACGAAAGGUGCGAAGUUAACGUGACGAAAGCUCAUCGCUCCAACGGCAUCUUCUGCAAUCAAGAAUGGAUGAUGAAUCGUAAGUGCGAGAGUUUCAAAACCUGCACCGAUUGCUUGGCAGAGUGGCCCUACUAUCACGAGAGAGAGCCCGUCUGCAAAUGGUGCAUAGACUGUCACGGCAAGUGCAUUCCAGCCGAUCGAAGCUGCGAAGAGGCGAACAAGUGCAAGCCUUGGAAAAAGAGCUUCAAAGAUGUCAAUGACUGCACCGAGCGCUUGUGUCCAGCUAGCGAUUGCGAAAAAUGCAAAAAUACCGUCGACAAUUGCGUUUGGACGAGACAAGUUUUAAAAACUCCUGAGCUAGGUUUAAAGUUAACCGCUGAACCAGUUUACGAUUGGAAUUGCGUACCCGAAGACAUUUUUACCCGCUCUAGCAUAAAGAUGACAAGUGGCCAGUGUGAGAAAAGGUGUUCUGAACACAAGGAUUGUAAAAGCUGCUUGUCCGGAACCGGUGCUGAGGGCGGCUGGAAGGAAUGCCGAUGGUCCACGACUCUCAAUGAAUGUAUAUCCCCAUCGUAUCAACCAUUAUACUGUGCUGGUGGAGUUUGCGGUCUUGUUUUACGACACACCGACAUGGACCAUUGUCCAGAACCUUGCUCGACCUUCAAACAAUGCAGUACUUGCUUGGAACUAACGCGUUGCGGAUGGUGUUCGCUGGACUCGGCGAACAUCACCGGACAAGGCAUUUGUACGGAAGGCUCGAAGGAAGAACCCCCUGAGCAUCCAGCUGGUGGUACUUGUGAAAUGCUGUACCAACAACAGUUUGCGCGUAUCGAGCAUGGCUCGAAAGCGUCAUCAAUGGAAACUUUGCCGUACAACAAUGCCACCAUACUGCAAAGCGAACCAUUGAAAUUCUCGUGGAAUUACAUGCGCUGCCCCCCUGAAAACGAGUGUGAAAAUGGCCAUCAUACUUGCUCACCGAAAAGCGAAAGAUGCGAAGAUUGGGAAAAAGGCUUUAAAUGCAUGUGUGGUGAAGGAUAUAAAGCGGAAAAGAUAUAUUCUUCGAACGAUAAAUACACGAGAACGACCUGCGUCCCCAUGUGCACUCAGGGUUGCGUCAGAGGCACGUGCGUCGAGCCCGACGUUUGCCAAUGCGAUUUUGGCUACGUCGGACGCAACUGUUCGAUCCAGUGCCAGUGCAACGGUCACAGCGACUGCAAAGGGCCGGAUAAACUUGACGAAUGCAUCGAAUGCCACAACAACACGAUAGGACCUCAAUGUGAUAAAUGUAAACCACUUUACGUUGGCAAUCCCACUGACAACGGGCAGUGUGUGCCUUGCCUCGAAUAUUGCAACGGACACACUCACAUAUGCAUCGAUGAGAACAGAACUGUGCCGGAUCCAACUUCUCUCGAUAAAAUGCCAAUUGAACUGCUGGAAAAGCAACUUGGCGCAGGGCCUGUUUCUAAGGCAAAAUGUAUCAUUUGUGCGAAUAAUACCCGAGGUGAUAAGUGCGGCGAGUGUGUCACUGGUUACUUUAGGGGAUCUGAAGAUUUGCGUGAUGUUUGCCGACCGUGUGAAUGCCAUGGACACGGUUCAACGUGUGAUCCAGUGACAGGAGAAAAUUGCGAUUGCAGAAAUAAUACCGAAAGUCUUACUGAAUCAGCUUGUGCAUCUGGAACAUCGAAAGGGGGAAAUUCUGGUUUUACACCUUGUUGGAUGGUGCAAUGCAGCAAGUGCAAAGAAAAUUACGCCGGCACGCCUACGAUGGGUCAUCAGUGCUAUAAAACUGUUACUGUCGACAACAAGAUGUGCUUCGAUUCCAAGCUCAUAGGACCCUAUGAUGAGUGUAAAAUAAAGCCAAAACCAUUGAACCCAGGACAAUCGGUAUUUUACAUGAUACAACCUCGAUUUAUGAACGUCGAUAUCCGAAUAAUGGUCGAUGUUACUCAAGGCGCAAUAGAUCUUUUUUUGAGUCCACGAGACGAUACGUUCGUGGUUACAAUGAAUUCGUCAACUGGUUUUCAAGAGAUCGAGUUGGACGAAAAAUUCAAAUGGCGCAAAGAUCGCGAUAACUGGCCCGACGAUAUCGGACCUGGCGGCGUACGCAUGCGAAAUCGCAAGGUCGACUAUUAUCCUUACAGUUCCUAUCAUCUGAUGUCAAAUGGCAGCGAAUCCGUGCGCAAUCCAAGUUUCGAGUACACUGUAAUGGAACGGUGGGCAGACGAUUUUGCAACUUACAUCACGAUCGAAGAAAUCAACACGUUUUUAUUCGUGCGAAAUCUGAGCAACCGUCUCGUACUUACUUUACCGCAAGACAAACACGAACUUGGCCAAACGAAAUUUCACAUAGCAUUACGAGCUAUCGAACCCACUUGGGCUACUGAUGCGUCGAAACGUGCCGCGUACGGCAUGAUAUUCUUCCGUCAGGAUCAGCUGCACAUAGAUCUCUUUGUCUUCUUCUCGGUGUUUUUCUCGUGCUUCUUCUUAUUCUUGGCAGCUUGCGUAGUUGCCUGGAAAACGAAACAAGCAGCCGAUGUUAGAAGAGCUAGAAGAAGGCACGUUGUUGAGAUGUUGCACAUGGCCAAAAGACCAUUUGCCUCGGCAACAAUUCUUUAUGAGAGAGAAGGAUCAUCGGCAAACCAAAGCGAGUGUAGUCCUAAUUCACCGCAUCGCAAGGGCCGACGAAAUAAAAUCGUUAAUUUCCACAGCGACGUACGGCCAGUCGCAGUGGAACCGACCGACGACGGAGUUGCAGCUGUCGCUACGGUCUUCAUUAAGUUACCUGGUGGUGCUCGAGCACCGGUCAAGUUGACACUCGGCAGCUCGCUCAUUUUCCUCACAAGGGUCUAUCCGGCCAACAGCCGCGUGUUCCUACGUCGCCGAAAUAGUCACGCGCUUAACUAAUAAAUGACCCUUGCUGACACGCGUGUUAUCUAUGAUUAGGCUAAAGUUUGGUCAGCGAAAUGUGCAGUUAUAAAUUUAUAAUUAUUUUUGAAAAAAAGAAUUACUUAUGAAUUCCUAUUAUUCAAGGCAAAGUUUGUUAAAAGUAUAAACGUUUUGCUGGUGCUAAGAGUCGGUGCGUAUGCUAUGGAAUUUGCAUUAAGCUUAAAUUUUAUUUGUUCUCAUCGCACAUUAGUUGUAACAUAUCUGUAUAUAAUACGAAAUACUUUUUUGUAAAGUUUAAAAUCGAUACUUUUUGUGAUUAAGAUGUACUGGGGAUAAGAUACUUGUCAUUAUUAAUUUAUAAAUACAAAAGAAAGUAGUACCGUGUAUCCAAAAGAUAAAUUGUGAAUAAUACAAUUGUAAUUUUUCGCUGAUCGAACUUGCACAAUAAUUAUUUUUGAAAUGGGAAAAAAACUGUAAAUGAACUUUUAUGUAAAUUUUAUAUAAGUAGUCCCCGUCGUCUAUAAGAUUUAAAAAUUUAUUUAGAGCUAAAAGCAUCUCACAUCAUUCCAUGACAAGACUGUUGAAACGUUAGAUAAUUUUACAAAAAAUUUAGACAAAUGUACUCGGCGUUUAUCUUUCGAUUUGUUUUCAUCCAUUCAACUUGUGAAUCUGCUCUCUCGCGAAUUGUUGUUCCUCUCACUUUUUUUUCUCUAACACUCUUCUCUUUGUUAAUUUAAAUAAAAAUUUUUACUUUGUAGUUACCACUCAAUGCAAACCAUGUAUGAACGAGCACUGACUGAGACCCAUCAUAGACAGGGUAUUCAUGUUCAUGAAAAAAUUAGCCAAACACUACAUAGUAUUAAAAUUGGGAAAAAAGUGAUUCAUAAUCUGACAAAAAGAGCUUGUACAGUGAUGAUAUCGAUAGUUCUUUAACUAACAGUAUUAGUAAAGUAUUCAUGCAAUUUUAAAAAUACGUUUUCCUAACUAACUUACCAGAUACUAUAUCUAUAGCUAAAUAAAUGUGUUGGCUUAUUGAUUGAUCUAUUGUGCAAUAAUUAAAACGCUUUUUCUUACAAGAAGUCAAUAACUUGUAUAUGACUGACUGCCAUUAUUUAAAAAAAACGCAUUCCACUAAUUAGUCAUAGCAUGUUUUUAAAGUUGUCUAUAAAUCUGUAACUGCAAACCAUCAAUUACUAACUUCUGAAGAAACUAACUUACGAAACUUGGAGAGAAAAUAAAUUUAUAUUGUAAAAUAUAUUGUAAUCAGGAGUAUUCACAAGUCGAUAAGUUUUAUAUAAUUGGUAUCAAGUACCAUUUUUAAUUUGAAUUUUUAGAAGCGCCGUAAUGUCACUUUUAAAAUAAUGAAUUGUUGUAAUUAUUUUAUGUACAUAUAAUAUACGAUCUUUUCGAAUAACAAUUACUAUUAAAAUAGUAAUGCUUUAUGAAUAGCAUUUAUUUGAUUAUAGCAAUAUCUCGGGUAAUACGUUUGCACGAAAGAAACAUAAUCAUUAAUUACGCAAAACGUCCAAUGUUAUGCAUUGUGUGAAAAUGAACGACAAUAUUCGGCGAUGUUAUUAAAAAAAAAAAAUUGUAAUCGUUAAAAUAUACACCCAGGAGUCUCGAUCGAAUAAUUACAUCAUCAAAAUGUGAAAGAAAUUCGCUGUAGUUUUAUAUGAUACAAUUAAAUGUAUAUUAUAGGAAUGAAAAAUAUAAGGCUGAAUUAUAAUUUUUUUUAACUGUUAUGUUGAUUCGAUAAUUAGGUAUAAGUAGAGACCCGAGGGGCUUUAGAGAGAAAGAGACAAACAUGUAAGACGCGAGAUAUAUUUUCCGAAUGUUGAAAGAUUUUAACCGAUGAUGAUCUUUGUGUGUCAAUCGUUAGAGACAUAAUCUUAUAUUAUCGAGACUCCAGGACGAUUUAUUAUCUACAUGCAUAAGAUUAGCAAGAGCAAACGAUUGUGAUUACAUUUUUUGGAUAUCAACAUUGAAUAUCUAUAUGUAAUUUAUGAAAUAUACUUUUAUUCUUUUAAUCAAAUACCCAUAAAUCUUUCAGUAUAGCAACUACAAGAAAAAUGUAACUGUUUAUCAUUAGCAUGGGUAAUAAUAAUAACACAAUUGAGUUGUACAUAAUAAUUUACACAUCACAUGUAAGAAAUUUUAACUCGCGCACAGAAAUGUCAUGUCGUAUAAGAAUAUAAAUAUAUGAAAUGUAUAUGUAUACAAUUUUAAAGAAAAGUUGUACAGUACGUUAAAUUUAUUUUUGACUUAUAUAUGUAACGCAAAACGAAAAAAAAAUCUUUUACUUUUACUGCGAUAAGUUACACACGUUGUACCGAGGAACGAGAUAAUUGAAAAAUUCUACAAUCAAUAAAGAAAAAAAAAUGAAGAAAUA